AUGGCGCCAGAGCCGACGGAGCCUGCGGCAAAUUGUCAGGAGAUCUUGGAUGCUGGUGUCAACACUAGCGGUGUAUACACCAUUCAGCAUGACGGUAAAACCAUGCAGGUCUACUGCAAUAUGGAGUCUGAUGCCGGCUAUAUGGAGUACGCCGAGGGUUUCGGCGAUCUGACCGGGGAGUUCUGGCUGGGUAGCGAGAAGCUGCAUGAUCUGACUAGUACUGGCAGAUGCGAGCUAAUCGUUACUCUGAGGGCGUUCGAUGGACAGAAUGCCACGGUUUGUUAUGAGGACUUUAAAAUAGAGUCAGUGGAUGAAAGGUACAAGCUUAACGUUGGCAGUUUCCAUACAGUUGCAGGAAAUGCAGGUGAUUCACUCCACGGCGACCAGAAAUUCUCGACUAAGGACCGCGGCGACGACGGCUCUGGAAGUAGAAACUACGCUGCAAUGUUCCACGGGGGCUGGUGGUACAAGAAAUAUAAUGGCAACAAUAUCAAUAGCAACUUGAACGGCUUGUACCACAGCAGCCCAAAUGUCAAUGACUACCAGGGGAUACAGUGGGUCUCCUACAAAAGGAGAGAUUACUCUCUGAAAGGGUGUGAAAUGAAGAUGAGUUGUGGGCCUAAAAAGGGUUGUGGAAGUGGUGGGAGUGGUAGUAAGAGUGGUGGGAGUAGCUGA